UCUUGAAACCACACUGGAUUACCAUGUGUCAUGCUUCAUGCUCCUCCAACGCCACCUGUAACUCAAAUACACUGAAUCAUCGUUUCACGCUGACAAGUGUAUAGUCAUUUCUUCUCUUCAAUUCCCCUACUGUGACUAUAUAUCAUCUUAAUCUCACACCACAGUUAUAUAUAUUCCAACUUAUAAGGACCCAAAUUUGAACUAAUUAAACCAAAAUCAUGAGCCAGCAACAGCCCCAGAGACCUCAAGACCCCAUCAAAUACGGCGACGUUUUCAACGUCUCCGGUGAACUCGCGUCCAAACCCAUCGCACCCAGAGACGCAGCUCUUAUGCAGGCCACGGAGAACCAAGCGUUCGGACAAACCCAAAAGGGAGGCCCUGCCGCCGUCAUGCAAUCUGCCGCCACCGUCAACACCAGCGCCGGCCUCGUUGGCCGCCGAGACAUCUCCGACGUUGCCAGAGACCAAGGCGUCAGCAUCUCCGAAACCAAAGUGGGUGGCAACCGUGUCAUCACGGAGUCCGUGGGAACACAAGUUGUGGGACAGUUCGUUGAACCCCAAGUUCCCAUGAAUUCCCCUGGAAUGGCUCUGCAGCCAGAUGCCAUAACCAUUGGCGAGGCACUUGAAGCGUCCGCGUGCAGCGGAGCCGGUGAUAAGGCGGUGGAUCAAAGCGACGCCGCUGCGAUACAAGCCGCUGAAAUGAGAGCCACCGGAAAGAACGAGACUGAGCCGGCUGGCUUGGGCGCCACGGCUCAGUCAGCUGCCACUCGGAACACUCGCGAUCUCGCUCACAAGACAACAUUGUCUGAUGUUUUAGUGGAUGCGAGGGAGAAGUUGCCAAUGGACAAGGUGGUAACACGAGAAGAUGCAGAGGGAGUGAUCGGUGCAGAGCUUAGGAAUAAAUUAGACAUGAGAACCACCCCUUGUGGGGUCGCUGAAUCGAUGGCUGCUGCUGCCACUCUUAAUCAAAACAGGAGAAGGGAGUGAUACGUGAAAAGUUGCCAGUUCCCAGUUGGUGGGUGGGGAGCAUCCAUGGCGAUACCACACAUACCGUAGUUUAAACAAAUAAAUCAAGUCUGUUUGACCUGUAGGAAUACACUAGUCUUAGUCCCACCAUUUUUUUUCCCUCUUUGUUCUUCCAAGGUUUUUUAUGUUAAUUAUGCUCUCUUUUUUCCCAGUGUAUAACGUUUCCUUUUGUGGGUUAAGGGUUAAAAACUAUUUUUGUCAGUUAAAUAAACUUGUUUUAAAUAUUAAAU